GAAUCUUUAAUUCAAACACAUUGAACAAUUCCAUGACCUGUUCAACCCGUUUCUGCAGCUUGCAAACUUUAAAAACAUAGAGUAAAAUGUUGUUUUGACUGCACUUGUGAUGAUAUUUGAGGCAUUUGAAUAAUUUAUUUUUGCACGUAGUUUACGCGUGUUGACUCCCUAUCAAAGAGAUUUUAAAGCUAUCUCGCAAUUUUUUCAUGAAUAUUAUUAAUAAGUAAUUGCAUGAUUUUUCUCGUGCAAUUUGGAAUAAAUAAGCGCUCGUAAAGACCACAAAUUGCACUCGCCCUACGGGCUCGUGCAGUUUUGUUAGCCUUUGAAAAAAUUUACUCAUGCUUAUUAAUUCCAAAUUGCACUCGAAAUCAUGUGCUUACCUGUACUUAUUUAUAUUUCUGUCGAUUUUUGUUUAAAAUAGAACUAUAUUUUGAACGAUUUGUACUAUAUUUGGGGAAUUAUUUUCCAGAAUAAAGUAAUCUUUGCAAACACACAAUGUGUAGCUGACUGAAACAGUCUUGUUAAAUAACUACCUCGCCGUAAUGGUUUGCUAGUUAUUACUGACUUGUGAUUGGUGGGUUUCAAUCCAUUUUAUGCUUUUCCGUGCUGGCAGGUUCGUUGAUCGUAACUAUGACUGACGGCAGCGAAAAACGCAAUUGUGAAGUUGGCUUUUCAACUCCAGAGUUCUCUUGUUACUGAAAAGCGCAGUAAAGAUUAAAUACUUGCAUUUUAACUCUUCGAUGUGGUUUUCAUGCUUGCGACGUUUACGCUAUUAGCAAAAUUUAUGCACAAGAAACCUAUACACAAGCAGAGAAAAAAGGUUACAUGAAAAAAUAAUAAGGCUUCGAAGUUAUAGACUCCUUGCGAUCAACAACAAUUCAACCGAAAGGAUCAAAAACCGCAUCAAUUACAGAUCGAUAAAAUGAAGAUAUUCAAAAAUGUUUAAUUAACAUGGAUUAUCAGAGAGUCAAAGCCACUACUUUCAUAACUUAACGAAAUUUUCUGAUCUUAGAGUCGGGGGAAUCAGUUCGCUUUAAGUUCAACAAAAUUUUAGAAGAGAUUUAUAGGAAUUAAUCGAUCAGCCAAUUGUUUCUCUGACUACUUUAUUUGUAUAAUCAUCUCCUUUUUCCCCUUUAUCCGGAACACAAAUAAAAUACGGAACCUAGUAUAAAUGUUGCACUGGCCGAUGGUUUUUAAGUGCUUUUUAUGUUGUUGAACCAUUAAAGCUGAUCGGUGAACUGAUUUAAAUUUACAGAGGUACCCACCAUCAACUAUCCAACUGCAGAAAAUGCAAGUUACAAUGAAGGGAGUCAUGUUAACAUCACUUGUGCAGCAACAGGAAAACCAGCCCCAGAAGUGAGAUGGACCCAUAAUGGACAAGUAAAAAGCUCUGGCCAAAAUACAACUUAUCUCAGUUUUUAUAAAAGCGACAAGAAAGAUGCAGGGAUAUACACAUGUACCGCUAACAACAGUGCGGGACGAAUAUCAAAACAACUAAAACUUGAAGUUAACCGUGAGUGCGUGGUUACAUAAAUGUAUUUGUUUUACAUAGAACGUGACUGUAUAUUUUAUUUUCUGCAGAUUUGAUCUGUUAUCUAUUGAUACAAACCUCGGAAGACGCUCAAGGAUGGUAGCCCUGUUCCCACAACGAUAGAGAGACCCGGAGAUUUCGAAUGUCAGGCAAGGCUACCUCUGAUGAUCCGACUGAACUAGGAAGGUGAAGGGGAGAGUAACCGGCUCCCAAGAGGCUUUGAAUAACUUUUUAUGUCACGUAUAAGAAAGUUCACGUGGCCGUAGUAAGACCCAGUAACUAACAUCAUUGCAAAUUCCGUGGGCGAAGUUUACAGUUAUGAUCGAAAUAUUUUAUUAUAAUAAUAUUUGACUAUACAUGUAUAGAAUAGUGCGGAACGAUACUUCCAGCAGCGCUAGAACUCUCCGGCUUUCCGGAUAUUACACUGGCGUAUAUUAGUAGCUUUUUGUGUUCUUACUUACAGGCCUCUGAAGAAACUGGCAUCAGCUGAAUUGGAUUUACUUGUAUAAAUAUCGUUUAUAAAUUAAAUUAAUGUUAAAAAGGACCGUUCAAGGAACCGAUAAAGGUAUCAAUUAAUACUUAAUAAUGUCAGCGAGAAAAGGCUCAAGUCUGACCUAUUUUUAUUCCCGAAUUUUUUCUAUUGCAACAUCAAAAUUUUCCGCUUUAAUUUCUACGAUCAGAAACUGCUUGUCAUCGGAAAGGUCAAUAAGACUUUUACACACUAUCACCAGCUCAUCAUUGAUUGAGAAUGCAGGAAAAAGUAAUGAAUGAGCAAGUUAUGCAGCGCCAGAUUUUAAAGAGAAAUGGACUAAAAUAACUGGUACAAUGAUCUUUAUUUUUGCGAGACUUGGACAAUCUGCUCAACUCUUUUUAUCUUGAAAGCCUUUAAAUAAUAGUAAUGAUAAUGAUGAUGAUGAUGGUAACGAUAAUAAUGAUAAUAAUAAAACAGUACCAACCAAGCGAGAGAGCAGGCGAGCGGCACAUGUCCUCGCAGAAACAAUGAUGUGAAAAACUGGGGGAGUACAACAACAACAACCUCAAUAGCACCAAACGAGUCCAGGAUUCUCUGUAAUUCCAGUGAGGUGAUGCAUGAAAGAACCAACGAACAGUUAAACACGCUGAAACCAAGAACACGACAACGCGGAUGAGAGUGUUGUGUUGCUGGGCAAAGUCAAGAUGUUGACGUAGAUGCUAGCAUGAAAACAAUGGCGCCCGGGACUUGGACGGAACUCAUUUUAUCUGAGAGUGAGAAAACAAAACGGCUCCGAUUACGAAGCGGUCUCCAUUAAGCGGUCCCGCAACAGCACCUAUCCACUCGAAAACGUCCAUACAGUGCAAUAAAUGGUGGGUAUGUCCUGGGGUAUUAGGUGUGUCCUGGACGGUAAAGUGAUCAAACAACUGCGAAUUAACGACGUCGGUAAGUUAAAAAACCUUACCCAGUCACACAGCUCGAUUUGGGAAGAGUCCUUCCCGUUCAGUGCCCUGUUCUGUUUGCUGAUUACCUUCGUGGAGACCUCAUAGGAGUAUAACCGAUAACCGAGAUUCGAGUACCGCCAUGGAAUCCCUCCCCGCCAUUGACUGUUCGAUUGUCUGUGAGCUUUUCAUCAACGAUCUGCUUGGCAUUUUAGCAAAUAGUACUGCGACACAUAUGGUUCACUUUUGCAUGUCGCUGCUGGUAUCGUGUAUCUACACUUUUGUGCUCGUUCUCCCGGUUUGGAAUCUUCCUUUAAAACACUGUUGAAUAACUUACGAUGUUAUUAAAUUACAAACUGUUGAAUACAAAACAUGUAUAUCUGACAAAUACAUGCCUAUUACUUUCAACGGCAGUCGUAACUCAAUACUUAAGAAACUCCCAGAAUGUUCAAUUAUCUCAUUUAAUACCUUCAAAUUUGUAAAAUUCACCUGGUCACACAGCCACGCACAUUCAGUUAACAUCCUGAUCAAUUUGAAGUAGAAGCGGGUAUGUUUUCCGAUUAUCAUUUCGAAUCACAAUAAUUGUUUACUGCAGCAUCGUCACGAGGUUUCGACCCUACUUCCUUUCGCCAUUAAAUUAGGAGGUUUGAAUCAUAGUUAAUAGAGUGGAAUGGUUAUGAAGCCCAUCAGAACCCUUUGUCAUGUCAGUUGUGGACCUAACGGUGCACAACGUUCAAUAUCAUUCCUAUCAUUUUGAACUCAUCUAAUGUCACUAAAUUUUAAUCUGUGAAAUUUAUGAACAGAAAGUAAAAGAUUGUGCACAGCCAUGGUGCUUCCAUCAUAAAGUGCAGCACCAUUCCUUGUAUGUAUGGUGUUUGCUACCUUUUAAUGUGCCAUGUGUUUAGGUGAUUCUUGGCUAAUUUAAGUGCAGGCCUCCAAUAGCACUUUACAAGCUAAACAAAAUUUCUAUCAUGAAUACGCAUUAUUGUGUAGCAUUUGGAUACAUAAAGAGGAAUUUCUUCUUAAAGUUAUAUGUUGCCCUUGAAAAAAAAAACAGGUUUUUCUGUUUAAAAAAUUCCACUUUUCUUCAAGAAUGCCAGCUAACUAUUCAAUUUUAUCCACGACUUACGCCUAACCAUACUCUAGCGGAGCAUCCAUUGAAAAAAGCCGCUGGCAAUUAACUUUUUUGCCUUGUUAAUAGACCCGGCAACCAUAGACAACAUUACCUCUUCAAUGGCUAACUCAUGGAUUGGUCAGACAGUGACGCUGCUUUGCAAGGCAGAUGGUGUUCCUGUGCCGACUCUGUCCUGGUACAAACCUGAUGGAACUAAGUUUAACGAGGUCAAGGCUUAUGAGAGUACUGCUGUUUUGACAAUGAAUACUGAACAUGAUUUUGGUCUUUAUAACUGCACAGCUGACAAUGGAUUUCCGCUUGCUUCAAAGAUGAUUCAAGUAAAGCAAAUAAGUAAGAAAAAUGUUAAUAAAAUCAAAACUAAAACGGUAAUUGUAAUAGUGAGAGGAAUCCUAAAAGUUACCACUGUACUCACCACUUAACGAAAAUCUGUUUCAGUUGGUAAAUAUUUCCCUCUCUCGCUGUUCACGUAAAUAAUAAAAACCUGGGGCCAAUUCAGAACUCUAACAGUUAACAACUGUUAACUACACUGAUAAAAUACAAUCGUAAAAUAUUUAUUCCUCUCAGCAGUAGUGUCUGGGACAGGUUUAAGCGAGAACUAGCAUUACUCUCUUUCUUGUUCCAUACGAGAGACGUGACUGUUUGAGCUGGAUAUUUUGAGUUCUAUAACAUCAGUGUCGACCAUUAAUAUUAAUUCAGCCUGUAGCCUGUCUUGUAUUUACUUUGUUAUCCAAGAAAACAGCGAGGUUAGGUAGAGAGACGCUCAACAACUUUUUACCUCUAAAAGAAGGAGCUUUUAAGGGGGUUAGCCUAACAGGGUAUUGAAUGCGCUUAACAUGUUAAGUUUUUCCUGUUUUUAUUAUUAUUAUUAUUAUUAUUAUUAUUAUAAUUUACUGUAUUUUCAUUUAGAAGCGCCAAGUCUACCGAACAUCGCAAUAGAUGUGCAAGCAACUUCAAUGACCGUCAAAUGGACAGUUCCAGCUGAUAACGGAGGAAGUCCUAUAACUGCCUACCGAGUAGUACUCUCACAGCGAGACACAGAAAUAGACGAAAAAAAUGUGACUGACCCUGUUACCAAAACUUGCGUUUUUGCUGGCUUGAGAAAAAGAACAAUAUACUCUUUGAGGGUCUUUGCCAGGAACUUUGUGUUUGAGGGACCCUUUAGCCAAGCGACAGUUCAAACAAAGCCUGAAGGUAAGAGGGUUGUCAACCAGAUUCAGCCAGUCAAUAGAUCGUUUUCAUUCACGUGACCAGCCACUAUGAAAAUUUCUUGGAUCAAAGAAUUUUUUACAUUAGAAAAGCCUUAAAUCCCCACAAGAAUUUUUCUGCAUACCAUCAUGGCCGCUGUACAUUGUUUUGUCCACUAUUUUGGCCGCCGUGACGUCAUGUGAAAACGAUCUAUAUAUGGCAUGGUUUAUUAAAUCGUAUUCCAAAUUUAAAAGGUAAUUAAAUAUACAGACUAAAUAGAAUGUACAUGUAUGUUGCGAAUGUUAAGACUUCAGACACAAGAAAUAUCAGGGAUGACUCUACAUGUAUAUAUAUAGCAAAUAAAAAUAUUGCUCUUAUCAAUCUCCUUGGCAUUUCACUGUAAUGUGAUUAAGGGCAAUCUCAUGAUUUUUUACACACUGAAAUGUUUUUCCUUCUGUACACUGCUUAUCUACAGAUAGUAUGGUUCGAAAAUCAGCUUGUUCGCGUCCAUCUUUUACAUUGGAUAUAAUUUCGGUUUUUGUUGAAAACUAUACUGUACCGUCUAGACGACAUACAGACUUAGCAAUCUAAUUUUGCGUUGUGUUAAGGUGUUCCAGAGGCGGCUUUAAUAAAGGACUUACCAGCUGAGACAAAAGAUGUAACAGUGAAAUUAACGUGGGAUGAGCCUCAGAACAAUGGUGCGCCUAUCACAAAGUACACUGUAUACCAAAGAAUUGUAAAUAAUAGUAGUGCAACUCGGGAAUGGACUAAAAUACGUAUUAUUACUGACGUCUCAGUUCGUGAGGUUGCUGUCAAGUUGGAGAAAGAUCGUGAAUACGAAUUUUUAGUAACUGCCUCAAACAGAUUUGGCGAGAGUGUAAAAGAAGAGAAAUAUACCAGAAAAAUUGCAGCUGUAGGAGGUAUGUGUAAGUUUGGGUAAAUUCUUCAGUUAAAUGCCAUACAAUUUGUAGGACCUGAUAACAAUGUGUCUCUGUUAAAUACUGGAAAUUAGGAAGCUAAUCCCUUUCCCAUUAUUCAUAACUUUUUGUUACAACUCAGUGAACGCAAAAAUCUCCAAUACUUUUAAUCAAGAAAGGGGCCUUAAAGUGACAGUUUCUCCAAAUGGGUAAAGAUCUCUUUAAAGUUUGAAAUUGAUUUGGCAUAAGUAUGAAGACAAAAUCGUACAAAAACAAUUGAUUAUGGUUUGCUAAUGAACUCUUUGGAGAAUGAAUGUAUGUAUUUCUCUUCUAAUUCAAACCCAUUUUUAGCAUCAGCGAGGGUAUUACCAUAGGAACCUUUAAAAAGUGCGAGGAACUUUCAGAAGAUUACGGAGACAGCAGUCCAAACGUCACUCGAGAAGUGCUGUUUCAGAAUCUCAAAUGCAGUCGAACUCUUAAAAUAAUUAAAUUUUGAUGGAUCUAGAUCAAGUUCAGGAGCAGAAAGAAAAAAAUUUCUUGUUUUGUGUUUACAUCUUCAUUAGAACGUCGAAUUAGGAAGAUUUUCUUUAAAUGAUAGCAGUGCAAACGUUGCAAAAGUGUAAUUUGCAAUUUAUUUUAACAUUUGCUUUUUUUACCAAUGUCGUCACUCAUUAGGCAGAUUGGCAAAAUCCGAUACUCAAUGAUUUGCCGCUCUGCCAUUGAUCAAUUUGCUUUUUUUGACACUUUAUUGCGGCAAAACUUUAAUCAUGAAAGAAUUAACAAGCAGACAUAUGAUUAAAGAAAGAAAAUAAUAAUAAUGAAUUAAUUAGAAUUACAAGAAUGAUUAAAAACAAUUGCGGAUCCACCAAAGGGCAAGUGCAAACGGGACCCUAGACCCAUGCAAGGUGCCGCCUUGUUGUUAAAAAAAAAUGAAAUUCAAACCCUAGAUGUAUGUUAACAAAAAAAAGUGAAAAAACGCGCUCGACAUCGUCACUUCUGUGACGUUUUCUCCAUUGAAAGUGCCUAGUAUCAAUGGCUUCCACCUCUUAUGUACACAGAUGUCCCUGCCUCCGUGGAAAUCACAGACGAAAUAAUUUUAUAUUGGGACGAGCCAGACAGCAACGGAGCAGCCAUCACACGGUAUUCGAUCUACCAAAGAGUAGGAAAUGAAUGGAAGUUGAUUGGGGUCAUAAAUGAUAUUUCUAAACGCGAAUAUGUCGUUGAAAUCGAGAAGGGCAAGGUGUACGAAUUUGUGGUAACGGCUACCAACAAGUAUGGAGAGAGUUCCUUGGAAGAAAACAUCAAGUGGAUUCAAGCGUUGUCAGGUACGGUUAAAUCAAAGCAGCCUAAACGCAUCCUGUAAUUAGCCCCUUUGUCACCCUUGUGACUUUUAGCCACAUCGUUCCAACAGGGGAAGUAGAUCCCCCUAUUUUGGUUUAUCUGACUCGGUCUGCGUGAGCCAAGUGUGAUCAUACAUGGAGUGAAGGGGCAGCAAGGUGCGCCUUCAUUUGCUGAAAUAUCGCCUCUCUGAUUCCAGGGGCACCCAACGAGGAUAUAGUUCAAAACCACUUAAACAUAGCAUUGUUGAACGUAUUUUAGUAUUUAAACGGUAGAUAUAGUCAUGUUUUUCUCCCCUAAAAAUUUUUCAUCUGUUCGGAUUACCUAGUCUAGUGAUCUGAAGAUUAUAGGCAUCAAACCUUACCUUUCCGAAAAUUUUAGCCAGAAAAAAGUUUCCAGAAAAUUUUUUAAAGGUAAAAAUCCGUUAAAAAUGGGCAACUAUACACAUGUACUAUUUUUUAGAUGUUCGAAAAUCCUAGGAGGAGCAGGCCAGCAAGAAAUUUUAUAACAAAUGUUCCGAUAAUUCUAGAUCUCAAAUCGUCUUCCGAACAGAUAUUUUCCGAAAAUUGACGUUGGGUGCCCCUGUGAUUCCUCUGAACUUUUGAAAUGCUGAGAUUGGGAUAGUUCUUCUUAUUCUUCCUGUUUCUCAACUGUGAUCAUCGGAAGUGUUGUUUGAGUACGUUCACUUUGCUAAGAAUAAAUGAUAUGGGCGUGAUUAAAAAAAACUCGUGAGCUUGGAAUAGCCCGUGUACAGCCGCCCCCUUCCUCAGAAAAAAAAAAAAAAACAACGGAGAAGGGAUGUCUGUGAUUCCCCGUUGCUAAUGGAAUAAUUUUGCAUAAAUUAAAAAAAAUGGUUUCCGCCAACCAAAAUUUCCGUGGCUCAUGUCUCAUGUCAUUCCAGUUCUCAAACUUCUGGUGCAUGCGACUUAUUUCCAUUGAGCAACUGAAAGAGUGAGACAUUUUUAAAAUCGCUUUACUCUAUACCGAUCAAAAAUGUUCUUACAAGCAGAUCCCUGAUCUUAUGCAAGCCAUCCCACUGGAUACGGAAAUUUAUUAGUUUGACAUAAAGUGUUGACAGGUCAAACGCGACUCAUAAGCUCGUGAUUGUGCGAAACGUGACCUUAGAGUUUGCUCUUUUCUUUCUAGCGCGUAGAUUAUGCAUCACAGUGCACGGAGCACCAUAAACUUUUACUGAACAAAUCUUAUUUUUGUCUUGAUUCUUACAUUCAAUCAAAAACCCUCAUUUACAUGAUGUAGUGAUCUACGAGUAACAGCCAAUCAAAUCAUGUUCCACACAUUCCGGGAAAAAUCACGUGGCCUCCAUACACGAUUAGCAACGGAGAAUCUCAGACGCCACUUCCUCGCUUUUUUCUCUGAGAGGAGGGGGCGGCUUUAUACAACCAAAGCUUAUAAUAAUAAGAGUAAAGAGACAAAAAGGGAAGUGAAAAUGAUGUUAACUUACAGACACAUAUAAGGACAUUUUUGCUAGCAAAAAUCCCUUUUAUCGCGAGAUCGUUAACAUUAUUACUCUUUUCUUAGGUUCUAAUCCUGCAGGAGAUCAAACAGGUUAGAACAUACAAGACCUAUUUACGUAAUAAAAUUUUGCAUAACAAAAUAACGAAAUGUUAAAUGAGAUUUCAGUACUCUCGCGCACUCGAUACUUUAUAGAAGAGAGUCCUUCCGUAGCACGACAAACAAUGUGUAGAAACUCAUAACAAACUAGACUCAAAACAUUCGGUUUUUUCUCUCUCCCCAGUCUCGCUCUCUGUUUUCAGCCUCGUUCCAGACCUUUUGUUUGACUGCUCGCGGGUGCUUGAAUACGCAAAAAUACGUACUGUUUUGCAGUCUAAUAAUAAACUGGAAACAAUUUUUUCCCUUUUUCUGUACCUAGCAAAUAAAUGGUUACAAAUAACGGGGUAAAUACCUGUGGGAAAUUGUGAUCCCUGUAAUCUUUAGUAUGUAGAGAUACCGAUUUUUAAUUAGUAACGUUCUAGUAUGUGCAGCACCACGUUGUAUGUAUCCUUACGAAGUCAAGGAGUCGCAGUCAAUAAUAUUAACUGCUAUGUAGGUGGCUUGCAAGAGAGGUAAUGAGACUGCUCAAUUUUUAGGUCUUUUACAACUAAAGCUUGAGCACUAACUAAUUUUUUCUGUCAAUCUAGCUAUCAUAAUAUACUAAAUGCUAAACCGACUAACGGCGACCUCAAUAGCCAAACUAUGGACAUGUUUGGGUUAGCUGGCAGGGGGAACAAACAAAAGUCGGCAAACUCGGUACGUGAAAUGCUUAGGUAUUACUGCAUCCACACGGCUACUGUUGACGAGAGGUCACAAGUUAAUUCACAAUAAAACUUAUAACACAUGGAUAGUAAUACUCUUCAAGGGAAUUACCUAAACACAGGAUUUGCUAUAGUUUGCAUUUGUUAUCAAUGUGUUUUGUCAUCAUAAAAAACAACCUUUCCUUAAUUUUUUAGGUUCUGUGAGAAGUAGCGAAGGACUUCUGCAUGGUGUUUACGUCAGUUGUAUACUUCUUUUGUUGAUUUUUACCUUUACCUUGAUUUUUUUUAUCUGGAAAAUGCGACUUCGCUUGGGUGAGUUUGUUGAUAGGUAAAAUAUACUCUUAAAAAGAAAAGCAGACUGACCAAACAGCAGCAUCAUCAUCAUCUUAUUACUAUUAUUAUUAUUAUUAUCCCAUUAUUACAGUUGAACCUCCAUUAAGCGGCCACCUAUUGAAAGGCUACCCUCUAUUAAACGGCCAGUGAUCAAAGUCUCGAAAUAGUUGUAGACAAGAAUGGGAACGUACACCUCUAUUUAGCGGCCGCGGUCACCUUUUGCCCCGUCCCAACAAGUGUCCUCUCAUGGUUGUUACCUCUGUCAAGAGCGUGAUACACUUAAUUUGGCUUUAUUUCUAAAAUGUGAUGGAGAAACAUAUAGUUCGAGAUAGAAGGUGACGACUGAUUGUGAACCAGAAAUGCUGCUCCCUUCACGUGUUUGUUUCAAAAUAAAGUAAUGUUUCUGCUCAGGAUUAUGCCCAUUUAUGAAGAACCUCUAUUGAGUGGUCAACCUCCGUUACUAAGCGGCCAUUUGCCGGUACCCCGGGGAAUUCUCGUUCCAGUUACUUACUGCUUCCUCUUUCCUUCUCCUCUCACUGGUAGUCCUGAAGAAUAUCAUCAAGAAGCACCUUCUCCUUCAAAACUGCAGCAUCUACUCUGCGCCAUUCCUCAGGCAUCCAUGCAAAGACUCGCUUCUUUACACACUCCUCAAUAUCAAUCAACCCAAUCCCUCCCUUUCUCGGCAGAUCGAUAUAAUCUGGCGACAUUACUUCCGGUGUGUAGACAGCCAUUAAUUGCCAGUAUCCUCCUAGUUUUUCGAUCCAUGUUGACCACCUCUUCCACUGUCCAAUCCAUGACACCUACGCUGCAGCGUGCCACACUUGUAGCCCAGGCAUUUAUGCUGCUAAUAAGAUUUCCGCUAUUCAAUUUUGAUAUACACAGCUUCUUUACUCGUCUGAUAUAUUCCGCUGUUAUCGUGCCUUCCAUCUUGGUAUUGAGAGUCUGGUCAAAUAGUAAAAUGCCAAGGAAUCUGUAGCCCUCUUCCUCAACUUCUCCUAUGUGCUGGUCAUCUGGUUGGUCUAUUCUACUGCUGUCAACUUACCUUCCUCUUCUCAUUUCCAAGACAAACACUUUUCUAGCCCAAAUUACAUCUUGAUGUUCUCAGAGGAAAUCCUGAGCGCUUGAAUAAGUGAGCCAAAUUGAUCCGUAGAGCUUCAGAUCAUCCGUGAACUAUAGAUGGUUGAUAGGCCUAAUGCCCUUUGCCAGGCCUGCUGCCUUCCAAUUUGCCAUUUUGUUCACUCCAUUUCAAAUGUCCUCCACAAUAAUGAUUAUAUCUUCUUGUGUCUAUGUUGUGCUGUAUCCAUUGUGACUAACUUUCUCCGAAAAGAUCCCACUCCAAAAGAUGGUAGCUUCAGUGGUAUCAGGUAACUCUGUUUCACCUCGUUUUUACAUUUAGCGUUUAAUACAUAUAAAACAGCUUCUGGUUAGUUCAAAAUCGUUGGUUCUGUUUGAACUGUUGACAUCUCUAGUCAUUUCUUUUGAUCUUAAUUCCACCUGCCUAAAUUUCUGUCUCAGCACAACUCAAACAUACAUAGUACCCCUUUCCUCGAAACGAUAUUUUCUGUUCAACCUUUUCGUCUCUCUUUGUUUCGAUUAAAUAUUUUCUCUUCCGACCUCCUCAAUCGUACUAAGAUAUUUUCUCCAGGUUUCAAUGUUUCUCUUGAUCCUUCUCUUCCAAAAUGGCUCUUUAGUUUUUUUCCUCUCCUCUUUUUUAGCAUUCCCAUUCUCUCUGUUGUGACAUCUGCAGUUAAAUGAUGUUGUGCGUCUAAAUCCCCUCGAUGGCUCUGUUGACUUUUUCAACUUACGUCCUCAACUUUGCUCUAUCACUUGACCUCUGUGAUGGUAAUCCUGCUCUCUGAUGUAACUGCACCAGUGUUGAAUACUUUUAUGAAGAAGAUUGACUACCGGGUUAACCUCUUUUUGUAGCUCUUCAGCUUUGGAACCACUGGGUUCCUCUUCAGCUUUCAUAUUAUCAACAAUUUGGUGUUCUUCUUGGAUAUCAGGUGUAAUUGCAGUGUGGUGUAUCAGUGGUACUUUGUUCGAUUCCGUAGUUUCAAUCUACUGGUGUUUAUUAUUUACCCUCAGAAUUAUGUCACCAUUAGUAGACGAAUUGCUAACCAAAACUCAGAGAGAUCCAUUUACCCUUAUUAGGGUAGCCUACAACGCUCCAGACACCAAACUAGUGUCUUCUGGUAGAGGAUCCUAUGUUACUUUUGUAUCUACGCGGGAAUCGUAACCCUGACGGGAGUGCCACCCCAGGCCCUAGUGGGCGGGGGCGUCCAUCUCCUCUUGUUAGGCUGAGGCUCCAACCUGUCCUACCCCAGUGGGCUUGUCACGAAUUAUCUGUGAUACAACCAGUUCUCUGUAGCUUUAAAUAGAAUUCUGUACUCUGUUCUACACUUAAAGGAUUCAUCGACAUUAGUUCUCGUAAAAUUUCGAUGAUCUACACUCAAUCUACACACUCGAUCAGCUCCACGACUCCGAACGACUUCACAGUUCUUAGACUCUUGUACUAAGCUCAGUUUUCAGAUCACGUGACGAGUUUUCCCGCCACAAUGACGCAAUAAUUUCCUAACACACUCCUCGCCUUGAUUGACACAGGUCAAUCAACAACGAAGCGAAUAAAAUAACAAAUCAAAGCGGAAGAGCUGUUCCUUGACUUAAUUUUAAUGUUCACCAACAUGCUCCUGUUCAGCAUUUCCCACAUAGGUAAUAGGGAAAUCAGUGUUUCUGCUCUGACGCUCUUCUCGCACUUGUGAUUCGACCUCCACAGGGUAAAGCCUAUUUAGGGGUCUUGUCAUUUCCCCGACUCGAUCUCAACUACGCACUCUUACAACAGCUCCUCUGUGGUAACCAUCUCGUCCUGUAAUGAGAGAUUUGACGACUCCCAUACCACAAAGUUGUCUCGGCGCUUUAUUUUUGUAGACGCAAAUAAUCGCUAGUUUCCUUUUACUCGAAUUGCAGUUGUGAUGAACAAGUAAUUCUGUUAAGUACUCUUCCUCAGUGUUUCUAAUCCACCACAAAGAAAUCAUAGAAUCCGUCCAAUUGACUACGUUCACUUUCACAACAGUUUCUAAAGGUUGACUCACACUGUUCACCAAUGUUGACGCAGUGAGGUUAGACAGGAGUUCUAGACGCGGUAUCGUUUUCUUAUUCAAGAGAGUGACUCGGGUUUUCGACGUCACAAUCUCACAUUCUACUCUUGACUCGUAUUCUACUCUCAUGUAAACAACGGCUCUGUACGCCUUUUCCGACGCAUCUGCAAAACAAUGAAGUUGGAGCGAUUUAACUUCAUUCCUACCGAGACCUUCAGCAUAACACCUUUUUAAACUCACUCUUCCACCUGGUCUUAGGUCUGACAAAGUUGACCACCACUCUUGGUUGAGUUCGGUAUCCACCAACUCGUCCCAGUCCCUUUGUGCCUUGCACAGUUUUUGAAACAUAAUCUUGAAGGUUAGAAUAACUGGAGAUAUUAACCCCAAGGGAUCAAAAAAUGUCGUAGCAGUACUGAGAAUCAGUCUUCUUGUAGCUGGCUGAACUUCUACACCCUGCGAUAUCCUGGUUAGGGUUCUAAAGCAUUCCCAAAACCUUCUGUUCUUUCUCAGUACCUUGCUUAAGAACUUUACUGUUUGUAGAAAAGACUCCACUGAAUGCUGCAUCUUGUUUCAGGGAUUGCAAAAGACUUGCUGAGUUGCUGUUCCUUUUCCUUAUAUUGAACCCUCCUGAUUUGGGACAAAGUGUUAUCUCCUUCGACAAAGAAAAGGCAUUGUUCACAUCCUUGGCCCCAGAAGCAAAGUCAUCUACGUACAAAGACUUCAAAACCUCAAGUGCAAAUGCAUUGUCAUUCAGCAUACAUAUAUUAACAUGGUGUCUGAUGGUGGCAUUGAGAAUGAAGGGGCUAGCAUUCACUCCAAAUACAACUGUUGUAAAGCGAAUUUACUUAAUCUCAGGUGAUUCCUUAUUGACAUCAUCUACCCAUUGAAAUCGUAAAAAGUCUCUGUGUUGUGAAUCAAUCUUAAUAUUCAAAAAUGCUUUCUCAAUAUCAGCAGUUACAGCAACUUCAUGAACUUUAAAUCGCAGCAAAAUGUCCAAUAGAAGAGAAUUUAAUGAAGGUCCUACAUGCAGACAGUCAUCUAAGCUUGGUCCAAACACCUUGGAUGAGGCAUCGUAUACAACUCUCACCUUUGCUGUAUCUCUGCCAAGUCUCACAACUCCCCUGUGCAGGAGAUAGUGUACAUUUCCUGGUUCUAGGACUUGAUCUUUGUUGUACUCCUUCAGCUACUCCACCUUCUAAUUGCUCCUUAAUCACCUGAUCAUAUUGUUUCAUUAUUUCUGGUUGGGUCUUAAGCUUCUUAAUCACAGUUGCCAACCUUCGUGAAUGCAUUUGUGUAAUAAUCUGACCGCAUAGGGUGAUUAUCCUUGAAUGGUAGCUUGACUUGGUAUCUUUCACCAGUGAAUCUUAUCUCAUUCGAAAACUUGUCAUGAACUGAAGUUUCAGUGUCCCUUAUGCCUAAGGUCUCCAAGUCCCAAAAUUUCUGCAAAUCAUCUUGCACAUGGCUGAUGUCACCCGACUCAAUCUCCAAAACAUGUGUAGCACUUAGAUUAAUAGUGCAUGACUCUGCACGAACUGCAGCUGGUUCCGACAGUACCCAUCCCAACUUGGUCUCAAGAGCUACGGGUCCAGAAGGAUCUCCCCUGAUUAUUCUUCCAGUAAAGAAAGACCAGUAGUGAUCUGCUGCUAUCAGUAAGUCAACACUAACUGUUCCAUUAACAGUUCCACAUGCAAGUUGUAGCCCUUGAAUGUAUGGAUAGCAUUCUACUGAAUUUCUUGGUUCGAUACUGGACUGCAUAUUACCGGUACAACGUAAGCAGUGACGUACACAAUCAUUGCAUCUAUUGUUCUGAUGCACAAUUUCACAAUGUCACAUUCCUUUACAGAUGCUGAAUUGUCAACAAAUGUUUUGAUUAGCAAGGUUUCCUUACCAACAGUAGGUAAGUUUAACUGCUCACGUGUCUUGCUGGUUAUACAAGAUCUCUGAUGGCUACAAGAGUCAAAAAUGACUUGAGUAUACUUUCCAGUUUCCUGAUUAUCUGGUCUAGAAAUAAAGGCUUGGGCUGUCUGCAACAGUACAGAGUUAUUAUUGCUGCCGACAUGCAUUGUUGAUGUUCCAACAUCUCUGGAUCUCUCCUGGGAAGUUUCAGAUCUACUAAGUGAGGCUGAUUCAGUUCCUGAACUCAGUACUAGGUUGGACAGGCUUCUGAGGAUUUUCACAGAUGGCCACGUGACUGACAACCUGACAACCUGGUGUAAUAUGCCCUGCUUUCAGGCAGUGAAAACACCCACUACUUCCUCCCAGUAUAGUUCUUCUAGCCUUUGAUUCAGUAAUGGUACUACAGGAGAUAGACUUGAUUUUUCUUGCAAAAGACACAAUGCAGAGUACAAUCUUCACUGCCUGCAUAAAGUGCAUAUGAGGAAAGGAGCUGUUUGAAUCUUCCCUUAUGCUGGUCAAAUCUUAGGUUAGAAUUGGUUGGACUACUUUUUUUCACUGCAUUACACCUUUCUCUUGUCCCCAACUCAGAUCUCAGUGCAAUUAACAGGGCAUCAAGGUCCCAAGUUUCUUUACUGCCAAACUUGCGACUGAUGGUUAAUCUCGACUAGAAGGAAUUUUCUCCAUUACAACUGGAACUAGUAAAUUUCCAAAGGACUCUGAUUCGAUGCCUAGUGCUUUCAAACUUCGAACGUUUAUCUUAAUCUUGUCAUAUAAAUCGCGGAUCGAGUUUCUUCGUUUCAUGCACUGAACUGACCAUUGGCAAUUUCAACAAAGCUUUCAUGUGGUUAGAAAUCAACAACUGUGGUUUACCAAAUCUGUCUCUAAGAAUAUCAAUAGCUGUUUCGUAAUUAUCUUCAGUGAGAGGCAACCCGGUAAUUGCAGAUUCGGCUGCGCCUGUCGCACGACUCAUCAAAUAGGUGAAUUUUUAGAUUCUUGAAAAGUCAGUGUUUCUGUUAAUUGCAGAUUCAAAAGAGUCCCAGAAACUCUGCCAUUCUUCGUAACUGCCUGAAAAUGACUUUAGUUCUAGUUAAGGUAGCUUCACUUUCGCGCCCUCAUUGCUUUUGACAUUGUUAUUACAUUGACUGAAGCUUGGUGAAGUUCACAAGUGUACGCUAUUUUUAGCGUCCUCUAAACUCAAGUCAAUUCUAGCCAAAACACCUAAACUUUUGCACAAAACUCACCAAGAACUCCAAAGACCUGCCACAGUAUCAGAAAAAUACCUAAAAAUGAAGAGUAGGUGGAUAUAUUUUUUAUGCGUACAGCAUUGAUGAAAUCUCUUUUUCUUUUAGAGCUCACAAAUUCAAGACGGUGAGUAACACUGCCAAUUUAAGUAUGGUUAUACAAACAAUUGGCCAUUUCACAGUUAGUAAUAAGAAAGGACAAAGUAUUUGAUUUAUUACAUUUCUAUUUCCAUUUCCAACACAUAAAGAAAUACAACGACAACCACAUCAACAGCAACAACAACAACAACAACAACAAAAAUAUACACUCUGCUUUCACACUGAAUCUAAAAUUGAAGAGCUUUUAGCCAGCACGCGAAGGACUUUUCGGUGUUUUACAUAAAUGCAUUUACAUGCACACCUUGUAACUUUUUAUUUCAGGAAAAUCAACAAAGUGAAAGGCAAAGAGUUUGUAGAUAUGGUAGGCGAAUUACUUCCUGUCUGCAUAAAUAUUUCACUGUAGAUUAGAAUAGGAAAAAGCCAUAUCUUGGCGCACCAAAGCAUUUCACCUACAAUCCAGAGUGGUUCAAUCCCUCUAAUGUAUAAAGUAGUUUGCAUCAUCUUCAUUUUCUCCACUAGCCAAAUUUCAUCCUCGGUGAUUUCAAAUACAGUUCCUCGGCCAUUUUUGUGCCUGGUUGCCUCUGCUAGUUGGGUUUUUUUACAUCCUGUUUGUUCUGUUUGAAUUUAGUAUUUGUUUUUAAUUAUUUGAAUGGAGUGCCCUGUAAAAUAGCGGGAAAGCUAUUAAGUGCAACUCCACUGUAAACAAACGCUUAUUUUUCUUUCCUUUUUGAAUAGAGCGAGUAGUUUUUACUUGGUCUUUGAUCUUUCUUUUGUCUUGGGUUCUAGGAACCCAUAGCCACGCAAGACGAACCAGUCACACAGCCAUCGAGCACAAUGGAAUAUGAUGUUGUUGUUACCUCCGAUACUCCGGGGAGUGGAGAUUACAUGCCUCUUCAUCCUUCGCGAAGAAGCUGGGAAAUAACUCGACAACAAGUCAAUAUCAUUAAAGUAAUAGGUAAAGGGGCCUUUUCCGAAGUUGCCAAGGCAACCCUUUGGAACUUACGAGAGAACCAGAAGGUUAUCACAGUGGCAGCCAAAAUGCUAAGAGGUACGGCAUGAUUUAAUUAUGACAUUUUAGAUUUAAGUAAGUUAGACUUUUUUGCAGACUGGGGGAAGGCCUCUAAUAUUUGAGACCCGGACUCUGCGCCCUACAAAAUUGGCUAACCAGUUUUUUUAUUGAAUUAUACUCACAUUGUCUUGGAAUUUUCUGUUUGAUACUACAUACUACUACUACUACUACUACCACUACCACUACCACUACCACUACCACUACCACUACCACUACCACUACCACUACCACUACCACUACUACUACUACUACUACUACUACUUUGAUACUAGAAGCGUUUUCAAGUUUUUGAAAAUUAACGAAAAAGUGGAAAUUUUGAAUUGAUGACGUCUUUUGCUGAAAUACUUUUUCCUCGGGCUCACCGAGAGUUUUCAAAAAGAAUUAAUUAACGUGGUUACAUCAUUAGCCUUUUUAAAAUACAUUCUUGCCCAUGUUUUAAACAAAUAAUAAAUGAAAUCCCACUUCAACAAGCGAGAUAAAGCUUCAGACAUUAGCCGCAGUGGAAGAAAAUUUUUGUUAAAAAAAAUGAAAAGAAAACCACACGUGUUGGACACGCCAUAAACUUUUGAGAAAAUAAGGCUCUGUGAUGGAGAGUCACUCUGAAAAAAUGACGGCAAGAAAUCAGCCUAAGCAUUGUGUAAUCAAAGUAUGGAUUGAGGGAAGAGACUGUGUUUGCAGGGAAAGUGUAAAAAUAUCCUUGGAAACAGUAGGCUUAAUAAUAGGGAGUAUUACUGACAUUUCCCUUUAAACGAAUUAUUGAAUUUGCUUGUGCCUGUAGCAAAUGCACCAGAUUCAGACAGAAAGGAUCUUUUGUCAGAACUUGAGCUGAUGAAAAAACUGAAACCUCAUCCACACGUGAUCAAGCUAAUGGCAUGCGUCACAGAAACCGGUAAGAAGAGUAGCGACACAUCGGGGUAUGUUACUUAUGAAAGGAAGGUUUUAAGUUUUAUCUAGAGUUUUUCCCACUUCGCUAUUUAGUAUCCAUCCAAGUCUUGAUGGUAAUAAUGAAUGCCAUAAGGCCACAACCAUCUUAGCUUGGCUGAAAUGGCAGAAUUAAGAAUCUCAAAAUUAUAGUGAAUUUGAUUGCUUAGCUGAGAAUUAAAGUAAAAUUAUUUCAGCAUGGUUACGUUGUUGUUGUUUUUUAUCCGCAGACCCUCUGUUGGUCCUUAUAGAGUUUGUUCCGUUCGGGGACCUGCUGGGCUACCUGAGGAAGAGUCGAGAGCUGAGCGAUACUUACUUUGAGGACCCGGAUGUAAAGCCGCAGACCAGUCUAACUGCAGAGCAGUUGAUGAAAUUUGCCUGGCAAGUUGCUGACGGAAUGUGUUACUUGUCCUCCAGAAAGGUUUGAUUGUCGACUUUAUAAUUUGCAAGAUGUUUUGUACUGCACAUGGACAAAACGUUCAAGUUCAAAAAUUUUCUACCUGCGAUUUAGUCAAGUUAUAACAUAACUGACUUAAAUCAAGUAAAGUCGAACCUCCCGUAAGCGAUGAUUCUUUGCUAUUUAUGUUUUUGCUCUCUAACAGACUUAAACCUUGCUUAUAGAUCAUUCAUCGUGAUUUGGCGGCGAGGAAUGUUCUUGUUGGUGAAGGAGAGACGUGCAAGGUUACAGAUUUUGGAAUGGCAAGAAAUGUGCAAGGGGAUGAUAUUUAUUCUAAAAAAAGUCGGGUAAAUAAAGUAAUUUCUCAGUUUCAUUCAUGAAACAUUAUUACGUAAUUCUUGCUCCAACCUCGUUCCCAGGGUCUCUCAUCUUCCCGCCCGCUUGGGCGGGAAGAUGAGAGACCCUGGGAACGAGGUUGUUCUUGCUCCUGCCAAAAACUUCGAUGUAAAUAUAAACACCAAAAAGAGUUGGAUUUAAGCCGGUCAUCAGGUAGUCGUUCGUUGUAUAUGGCGCAGAAAGUAAACAUAAGACAGCUAAUAAAGCGUCUGGCCCUGUUGGUAACCUAUCGGUGCGAGAAAUUAUAGACGAAAUGUGACCGUACGUACGGUGUUUAACCGUCGUACAAUGUGCCUGUCAUGGGUAAAGCACUGCAUGAUUCGUUUCUGGGGCAAUUCUUAUAGCCAAGAAAUCAAAAAACGUUUAUCAGUACGGGAAAGACUUUGAGACAAUUCUCAUAGGAAGGGAAAUUGAGGUUAGCCCACGAAAAAUGCUUGUUAAGGGUAGUUGCUUCUUUUUCUAAAGCUUCGGAUGUUUUCUGUUCUUUAUUUAACGACGAAGGAACGCUGACACAGACAAAAAAAAUUCUUUAACAUGAAAUGAAAUAAUCCUCAGGGAACGCGAAUACAGCACUGAAUUGGCUAUAUAGCGAGAUCUUUUUCCUCCUCCUUACGUGUUUUUCUUUUCAGGGCCGUCUGCCUGUAAAGUGGACCGCUUAUGAGGCCUUACUGUAUGGAGUAUACACAACACAAAGCGACGUGUAAGUAAUUAACAUUUUCAGUUACCCAUCUCUCCCAGUCAUUCGAUCAACCUUGUACCAA